UCAUCAACACCUGUAGAGUGUAGACAUGAGCGAGAGAUGUCAUGUUUGUUAUGGCCGUUUGUUGUUAGCGGGUUGUUUGAGUUUUUGUGUAUAGCAACAUUGAAUUCAUUAGGCGUGUUAUUUCAGUUGGUUUUUGUGCGUCACUCAGUAGACGACGUAAUUUGUUAAACGCAAUGCUAUAACUGCUUUGUAAAGCUACGUAUACAUAUGAGGGCCAGGCUUGUUCAGGACAAUUAUUGCGGGAAAAGGACGAUGAUGUUACGAAUGUAUACACUGCCCGUGCGAUAUGUUUGUGUGACCGGUUCAUAAAUAAAAAAACUACUUACUGCCACCUGGAGACAAAUAUUAUUCAUUUAAUGAGAAUUUACUUAACGUGCAGGCAGCUACCGUUGUGCUGAUUUGCGGUUAUUCUGACCCAAUUGAAUUAUUUGACAUCUUCUCUGAAUUUGAAAGGGGUUAUACUAGCUUUAUCUGUGUGUAUCAGAAUGCCACCUCAACGCAAGUUAACGCCGCCUGCACUGGAGGAGCUGUGCAUGAGUUUAAUUUUAACUCACCUAGAACAAGAAAUAAACCUUGUUCAGCAUAUUCGAACAUAUCAGACAACCUCUUUAAUUUUACGCAGGCGGGGCAUUGAGGCAGAAGCCUUACAAGCGGAACUUGCUACACAGUUUGAUUCCUUGCCACCAUUGAUGGGUGAAAUUGUGCGUCAGAGUAUCACAAACAGGUUAUUUAAAAAUGCAUCCAUUACUGGAGAGCCUCGCAUUCUUGUUGGGAUGCUGGAUGUCAUACUAAAUAAAGAUGUACGUAACUUGAACCUAUCUGAUCCAAAAAUACGGCUAAGCAGAAAGUUAUGGCCAAUUAUUCUGAAGAAAUGUACAGGUUUGGAAAGGUUUGAAUUAGGGGCAAACAUGCUCACAACAAAAAAAUUGCCAUCUUUUCAGUCAUUUGUCAGCUCACUUGCAAAAUCAUGUCCAUAUCUGACAGAACUGAUCCUGAAGGAGGCUGUUAUAGGGUCAGGGGCAUUGUCCACUAUUGGAUAUAGAUGUCAGAACCUACGUGUGCUUGAUAUUUCAGGCUCAAAAGUCACAUGCAUUGAUAUGCUGCACCUGUGCCUGCCAUUAUCACACUAUACACAACCUCUGGACAGCCUUCUGGAGAAAACAGAAUUUGCUAACAAGCACGCACUCUGCAAGACAAUGGAGAUUCUUUGUCUUGGCAAUACACAAGUAAAAGUAAAAGGUGCAGCUUUUGUUCUACGAGUUCUGCCUUAUCUUACGUCACUGGGGAAUUUCGUGUUCACAGCAGCUGGUUUAAAAAGGAUAUACGGGAUAAAGACCCGACCAAAAGUUGGAUCAUUCCUGAAACAGGUAUUUUACAGAGGCCCUUCAAAUGUAAAAUUGAAAGUAAUUGCAAACUGCUGUCCAAACCUGGAAAACUUGUUCCUGGGCUCAGAGUUUGAACGACGUGUGGAAUAUCAAGUUUGGAAUGCAUUUGAGAAAGUACGCACAUUAACACUUGAAAAUAUUGUUCCUGAAGACAUUACAGCAGGAAUGAAGCAUUUCUCUCAGCUUGUUGAACUGCAGCUUGCCAGUGGUGGUGUUGAUUUGGGAUUAGUAGCACAGUGCUGCCCACUGCUUGAAAAGCUAAUAGUUACUGCAGAACCACUAAGGGCUUGUACUAUACGUGCUAGCCCUAUAUUUCCAAAACUUAAAGAUAUUAAGAUUACCUGUCCCGUCUCCUUGGAGUGUGGAUCAGUGCUUCUAAGGUCCCAGAAUGUUAUCCAUAUUGACAUUGUUCGCAUAAGAGAUCUCACAGAUUCCAUCUUUUCCUUGUGGCUGCGGCGAAAUCCAAUGACCUACUUAAAGACACUACUUCUGGGAUACGUGGAACUGACAAGAAAGAGUGCAGAACUGCUACUGGAUACCUGCCCACAAUUGACAAGGCUCGGUUAUCUUGGCAGUUGGGACAUUAGAUCCUGGGAAUGUAGACGACUUAAAGAACGAGUUGUGCAGGAGAAUUACGAUGUCCACCUGCUUCUGUACUCACGGAGUGGAAUCAGUGCUCGUAACAUCAACUUUCCUGAUCUUUCAUUGUGUCUCUGAAACCAAACAAUUUGUAGCUGCCUUGCUUAGGCUUGAAUAUCACUAGGAAACUUGAAGAGGAUGCAAGGAUUCUGCUGGCCCCAAUAAGAAACUCCUUGUUAUGCCAUCAUUGUGACACACUUUCCAUUAUUGUUUUUCUGUGAGGAAAUAAAACUCUGUUACCUACCACA